CCACUUUUCUUUUACUUCAAAAUGAAGACUAUAAGAGAAGAGUGAACGCGAUGCAGAAUUGUUAACACAUUCAUUCUCACCCAUUGUGGUCAUGACAAGUCAUGUUAGUUCAGACGUCCACGUUAGAACAUCGCAAUUCAUCACGAUCGAUGAUCGCCUCUUUCAUGUCAAUGCAAUGAGGAGGAGCGUAUCGGACCGGUAUUGAAAGUGUUGGGAGAGUUGGUGAGCUUUAUCCGGGGCUUUAGCAUGGCCAUUGUGAGGUCCAUUUUAAGAUAAAGUAAACACUGAUCUCUUAAGUGGGUCUGAGUCGAUCGAAAGCCAGUCGAUGGAACAUCCCCCUUUUCCCCCCUCUCUCUCUUCCAACGCCCAAGGUUAAAGCACCACAUUAAUAGACGCUACAUCCGAAUGCGCAGUGGUGGAGAUGAUUUCUGAUCUCCAGGAUUACUUAUCGGUGUCAAUAUUUCGUUUUGAUCGUAGCGGCUUCAAUGAAACAAGAUUAACUCAUGGAUUAACGUAUGUGAAUUCGAUUUUGGAAACCAUUACAGCAAAUUGAUAAUGACUGAGUGUUACUAAAGACUUUAUUAGUAAUAUCCCGACCUCAGUAGAAGCAAUUUCGUCUUUGAAAUACGACGUUUCCACGUGGAGUAACUUUACACCAUUUACGACUGUGUUCCGUUGCCGUGAGGAAGCAGAUUGCUUUCAGGUGUUUUUACUAUACUAAAUAUCAAUUUUGCAGUUUGAUAUUUUUGCACGAUUCAUAUCUUCAACGUUCAUAUUUGACAUACGACCUUUGCUCGUUUGUAUGGACGAAAUACUACAUGCGCUCUGCACCGAUACAAUCUUUAAACACGUCUGUUAUCAAACGGGAAUAUACCGGAUUUAAACAUAUCAAGCCCAAAGAUAGUUGUUAAUCAUCUUAAGUUAGGAAAUCUCGGAUACAUUCUCAUUCACGGCCGAUGCCGUCGGCCUUUACAGAUGAGUUCGAUGACCGAGAUGAUAUCACCGCUUACGAUGUGGACUUAGAUGAGUCGUACUUGUCCUCGAGAUCAUCAUAUAAGAUGUCCACUUCGAGGACAGAAGGACUGAGGGUACCCUCGCCAGCGUUUGUCAGAGGUUUACCCUCUGAUGAUAUGGAAGCUUCCAGACAGGGAGGAGUGAGGGUGCCUUCGCCUGCGUUUGGCAGAGCUGAUGCAGAAAACCAUGGCAAUUUGGAAGAACAAAUUAUCGAGCUUCACUAUCUAGUUCAAGAAAUGAAGGAAGGCUUCGUUUUGGCCAUGCAGGAGCUCUCCAGGAUUCAAAAUGGUGACCGGGUACUUCAAGAAACACUGGAGAAACACAAGUCGGAUAGCGAUGCUAAAGUUGAACAACUCACCAAGAUGGUAGAAACACUCCAGAGUGAACUAGGAAAAGCGGUUAAUGAGGUAAAUAAGAACAAUGAGACAACAACAGAUCUGAAGAGACAGUCGAAGGAGCUUCGAGACCAGCAAGAUAUCAUCAAGAAUAAGAUGGAGGAGAAUACCGAUGCUGUAAAUAGACCAUCUCAAACCCAUUCAAAUAAAACGUCUCAAUCUGAUGAGAGUGGUUUUCAUCGAGAUGUCUUCGAGGACCCAAAGGACUCAGUUCCUCCGAUGCUACAGCCAUUCAUUGAUUCCCUACCAGAGGCUGGAGACAACACAGUUGAUCCAGAUUCGGAUUCUGAUAACUCGACGAUCCAGUCAGCGGAUCAGAUGAUGAAACUUAGCCGAAUGUUUGCCGAGGAGUAUCAUCGUCAUAGAGCUCGACUGGCAAGCCCUGCCACAGAUAAUCUACUAUUCAACCGAAACUCAGGAGAGAAUGAACAGAACUCUGAAAGAACGAUUGGAAGUAACGACAGCGAUACAAGUAGGCGUCGUCGUAUAGUGGAAUCGUUGCUGUCUUCUGAAAGGACAUACGUCUCACAUUUACGAUUUAUUCAAGAAUGUAUCAUACAGCCUCUUGUCAUUGAGUCCAUUGUUCCUCUCAGCGAUAUCAAUGUAAUGUUUCCGCCAUGUUUUGGAGAGCUACAUCAUGAACACUCAGCCUUCCUGGAAGCUCUAGAAACAAGGCUGAGUGAUUGGAAGUGGAAAGGCAUCAUGGGUGAUGUCUUAGCAAGGCUGUCUGGAGGAGACGGGUCAAGUCUGUUCCAGUUGUACACCUCUUACGUGAAAAGUUUUGCAGACGGUCUAUCUAUUUUGGCACACCAUCUCGGCACAUCUCAAAACUUCUACCAAUUUAUUGAGAAACAGCUUGUGGAGAACGGGAAGGGCAAAAUAGACCCCAUAACUUACCUUAUGGCACCCCUGCACAGAAUCGCCUACUAUGUUCAUUCUAUGAAGCGACUCCUGAAAUACACGGCAAAAAAUCACCCCGAUCGCUUCCACGUCGAGGCGUGUCUCAAACAGUUGAACGGGUUAGUGAAGGACAUCAAUCUACUGACUUCACAAGACCAACCAUCACCAACUACCAGGGAAGCUUAUAGAAGCGAGAGGAGAAAUAGCAAGGCAUCAAGUCUGAGCAGCAUGGAGACCACUCUUCGAGACAGUGGUGUCCAUUCGAUGGAAGGCGAGAGGGGUAUGACGAGCAUCUCACCUACCGAGAUCAAGCAGAUGUGGGGCACUCGGCAAUCGACGUGCAAUAAGAGAUCGAAAGGGAGACGCAAGUCGGUGACCAGCGAGGCACUAAAACUAAACCUUCACGAACACAAUGACCGCGUUGGUCAGGUGGCUAUGAGCUUCCCGCCAAAUCAUCCAAACCGUGGGCCGUCGUACAAUGAUGGUGCGCAGUUGAGCGGGAACACGCAUUUGGUGGCGCAGUAUCCCGAGAAUUCUGUAGUCCCGGUGCCGGGAAUGCUCGGGAAAGGAAUUAACGCUGCCAACUUUGCAAACCAUGAUGACCGUCAACCCGGUGAUGUCAUCGACACGACACGUCAACGGAGGAAAAGCAGGGGCAGGAGAAUGAGUCUUUCUCGACUGCAGUCGUUUGGAGUCUACGGGGAAGAGGUAGACACUGACUUGGAGAACAUGGGUUAUGUACCUUCGACGCCGGCCAAUGCCAUGCCGAGGUCAUUCACACAAAAUGGGAACUCUAGGAUGAGACAGCAUAGGAAGAGUGUCGAUGGUAUGGCAAUGGGCUACGGGCAUCACGCCAUUAGCGAAUCAUUACUGGCAGCACAUCAUGCACUUCUUGAAGGUCACUCGAACUUGAAACGAAUGCAAUAUAGAAGCAGUGACAACGUUCCGUCUGUAACGAUGGAGAGCAUGCCAAACUUCAUCAGUCUGGCAGACUUGAAGAGACAUAACUUUUCUCAGGGUAUGGACGUAGUGAGGCCCUUGCCACAGCAUUUGCGAACAGGAACUCAAAGCCGACUAUACGCCCGGCGGAAGAGUGUUGAUGUCGGCGCGCUCCAAGCGCAUAUCAUCAGGGAGGAACAACGCGCAGAACCGCCUCGACCGCGAUCGAGAAGGACUUCGCACAGUCCACGACCACACUCCCCUAAAGCUCCAUCUCCAACGAGAAGAAUCACUCCUCCGAGCAGAUCACAUCCUAUAGUGGAGACACAAGCAAAGAACUUGAAUGGUCUCUCCGAGAGAGAGGCAGAUGCCAUUACACAGCAAGUGUUUGUGAGGACCUGCAGUAUUGCAGAGGAUGAUCCGAAGGAUCCGAGACAGAAGAAAGGUCACUUCAAACAUUCCUUGAAAAACAUUUUCAAAAGAAGGGGACCAGGUAGCCGUGUGAUGGAGCUGAACGAUAACAGCAACAAAUCCCCUUUAAAUAACAACUACCUCAGUCCAGAACCAGAAGAAGGAGGACGAACUCUUAGCCCUAAACCAUCCGAUAGGUCCAGGAAUUCAAUUCAGCGUUCCAGAACCGUCGACUUAGAGUCCUAUGUUGACGAAGACGGCGAACCUUGCAGCGCCGUCUGACGGAACAAGACAAAACAAAAAUGUCAGACUUGAUUGAGUCGGUCUAUUCGACAAAAAUGAGACCGCGAUUGCUAUUAUGAAGUAGACAAAUAACUGAUGCAAUAUAAUUAUAUGCGAAAUAAUAUAGAGUUUUGGGAUGAAUAGUGGAAAAUAAAGACAAUAGCCUAAUCUGACUCAUAGAUGAACAGCGAACCUGGUAUGUACAGGGUCGUAUGAAAUAAAAUGAAAACCACGGUAUGACGAAACGUUAUAUCACAAUAAUUGUGGGUUACGAACUGGAUAAAUAUGAGAUGAAACAAGUAUAAAUUGGUAAUCCACAUCCUACGGUAUGAUCAGGGACGGCAAUAUCUUGGCGUGACGGGGUGGGAGAAUUUUGCCUCAAUUUAGUAUUCAAUUGAUUCAUUUUUUU